CAUGAUUCCUCUCUGCAUCCACCCAACAAAUUUCAAAAAUAUUUCAAAUCUCAAUCCGACCACUAUAGAACCCUAAAAAUAUCAUCACCAUUUUCCAUCAAAUACUUGGGGUUUUUGUUCUUAUUUCAACUUGUUUACCACCUCUUCUCGAUUCUGUGUUCAUCCAUUACUCGAUCUGUGAUUUGCUUUGCUUCGAUCUGUGAUUUCCUUUUUAGUCUUUUCGACUUGGAAGAUCAAUAAUGGAGGCGAUUGAAGAAUUGGCCCAGCUUGCGAAUUCCAUGCGGCAGGCUGCGGCUUUGCUUAACGAUGAAGAUGUUGACGAAAACUUGCCAGACUCUUCAAGACGCCCUGCCACAUUUCUUAAUGUUGUUGCUCUUGGCAAUACCAGUGCAGGUAAAUCAGCAGUUUUGAACAGUUUGAUUGGACAUCCUGCUUUGCCAACUGGAGAAGGUGGUGCAACUCGUGCGCCUAUAUGCAUUGACUUAAAGAGGGAUGGUAACUUAAGCAGCAAAUCAAUUGUAUUGCAGAUUGAUAGUAAAUCUCAGCCAGUGUCUGCAAGCGCUCUUCGGCACUCAUUACAGGACAGGCUUAGUAAAAUUUCAAGCAAGAGUCAGGAUGAAAUAUUUUUGAAGCUUAAAACAAGUACAGCUCCUUCCUUGAAAUUGGUUGAUUUGCCUGGAGUUGAUAAGGGAAAUCUUGAUGAUUCGUUGAGUGAGUAUGCUCAGCACAAUGAUGCAAUUCUGCUGGUUGUAAUACCUGCUGCCCAGGCACCAGAAAUUGCCUCUGCCAAAGCUCUCAGAAUUGCAAAGGAAUAUGAUGGAGAAUCAACAAGAACCAUUGGUGUCAUCAGUAAAAUAGAUCAAGCAUCUUCAGAUCCCAAAAUCCUUGCUGCUGUUCAGGCACUUCUCUUGGGUCAAGGACCACGAAGUACAGCUGAUAUCCCGUGGGUUGCUCUAAUUGGUCAAUCGGUUUCCAUCACUUCAGCACAGUCGGGAAAUGUGGGAUCCAAUAACUCGUUAGAAACUGCAUGGCGAGCCGAAACUGAAAGUUUAAAAUCUAUAUUAACGGGAGCCCCUCAGAGUAAGCUUGGUAGAUUGGCCUUGGUGGAGACCCUUGCUCAUCAAAUUCGUAGCCGAAUGAAAAUCAGACUUCCAAGUCUUCUAUCAGGACUUCAGGGUAAAUCGCAAAUUGUGCAAGAUGAGUUGGUAAGGCUUGGAGAAUCGAUGGUCACUAGUUCUGAAGGCACACGGGCUUUGGCCUUGGAGCUGUGCCGUGAAUUCGAGGACAAAUUUCUUCAACAUAUUAUGACCGGAGAGGGUAGUGGCUGGAAAGUUGUUGCAAGUUUUGAGGGUAACUUUCCUGAUAUGAUCAAACAGCUUCCUCUUGACAGACAUUUCGACAUAAAAAACGUCAAGAGGAUUGUGCUAGAAGCAGAUGGUUAUCAACCUUACCUCAUUUCUCCAGAGAAAGGAUUGCGGUCAUUAAUAAAAGGUGUAUUAGAGCUGGCAAAGGAACCAUCGCGUCUUUGUGUUGAUGAGGUUCAUCGUGUGCUUGCCAACAUAGUUUCAGCAUCAGCUAACGCUACACCAGGGCUUGGGAGAUAUCCUCCAUUCAAGAGAGAGGUGGUGGCAAUUGCUACUGCUGCUCUAGAGGGGUUUAAGAAUGAAGCAAAGGAUAUGGUGACUGCACUUGUGGACAUGGAGCGAGUGUUUGUCCCACCACAACAUUUCAUUCGUUUGGUGCAAAGAAGGAUGGAUAGGCAGAGACGAGAGGAAGAGAUUAAAACCAAAUCUUCUAAGAAGGCUGUUGAUGCAGAGCAAUCUUUACUGAAUAGGGCAACUAGUCCUCAAACAGGUGGGAAUUUGAAAUCAAUGAAGGAUACCAAGCAAGAUAAGGAUGUAGACGGACCUACUCUAAAGACUGCAGGACCUGAGGGGGAGAUUACAGCAGGGUUCUUGCUGAAGAAAAGUGCAAAAACCAACGGGUGGAGUAGAAGAUGGUUUGUUUUGAAUGAGAAAACUGGGAAGCUUGGAUACACUAAGAAACAAGAAGAGAGAAAUUUUCGUGGUGUCAUCACUUUGGAGGAUUGUGUUGUAGAAGAGAUUGAAGAGGAUGAACCCCCAGCCAAAAGUUCCAAGGAUAAGAAGUCAAAGGUGGAGGAAAAACCACCCAGUCUGCUCCUCAAAAUAACGAGCAAGGUUGCAUACAAGACUGUAUUAAAAGCUCAUAACGCUGUUCUCUUAAAGGCCGAGAGUGCUGUAGAUAAGGCUGAGUGGUUAAACAAAUUAAGAGCUGUAAUGGGUGCCAAAGGGGGUGAAGUGAUUAUGAAGGCAGAUGGGCCUCCCAUUCGGCACACUCAUUCAGCUGGUUCUCUUGAUACAAUGGCCAGAAAACCUGCAGAUCCAGAGGAAGAGCUUCGUUGGAUGGCUCAGGAAGUUCGGGGUUAUGUUGAAGCAGUUCUGAACAGCCUUGCAGCCAAUGUCCCAAAGGCAAUUGUCCUUUGCCAAGUAGAAAAGGCUAAAGAAGACAUGCUGAAUAAGCUGUACAGUUCUGUAAGUUCCCAGAGUACAGCAAGGGUUGAGGAGCUGCUUGAGGAGGAUGGUAAUGUUAAGCGGAAAAGAGAGAGAGUACAGAAGCAAUCCUCCCUGCUCUCCAAGCUCACCAGGCAACUCAGCAUUCAUGAUAAUCGAGCGGCUGCAGUCUCCGGCAUGACAAACGAUAGUCCUGUCGAAAGUCCAAGAAGUAGUGGAGGUGACUGGAGAUCUGCCUUUGAUUCUGCUGCGAAUGGCCCCUUGGGCCUCGACUCUCAAUUUGGGUCAAAUGGCCACAGUCGAAGGUAUAGCGACCCUUCCCAAAACGGGGAUGAUAGCCCAAGCCCCAGAUCAAAGUCCACCGGGCGUCGCACUCCAAACAGGUUGCCCCCAGCACCACCUGGUUCUGGUUAUAGGUUUUAGAUGAAGGUUAAAAAAGAUUGGAAGUGAUUGAUUUAUGCAUAUUCUUGUUGUUGGGAUGGGUGUCCUUGAUGAUAUUACUACUACGGUCGGUACGUUGUGUACAACACAUUUAUUGUAGAUAGAUAUAUUCAUGUUCCCUUUGUAUUUUUCUAUCAUAAAUUUUGCUGGUUUAAACCAAAUCUUUUUGGUAUCUGUGACUUAAAACUCAAUUCUUAUUAUUUGUGUACAAGAGGGACUGGACUUUCUUGGAUGACGACUUAGAAUGAAAAUAUUCUCAUUCCUUAUCCAA